AAACUAUAGUGACACUGAAGCGGAAGGAGAGAUUUUUAAUUCCUUAGUGCAAUAUUUUGAUGAUAAUUUGGAGCCGAAAGUUAAAGGGAUGCCAUUAGUUGAAGAAACUUCUUUACUUGAAGAUUCGUCAGUAACUUUGCCUGUGGUAAUAAUUGGAAAUGGACCUUCAGGAAUAUGCCUUUCGUAUAUGCUGUCAGGCUACAGACCGUAUUUGUCAUCUGAAGCAAUACAUCCAAAUACAAUCUUACAUAGUAAACUAGAAGAAGCAAGACAUCUCUCCAUUGUUGAUCAGGACUUAGAAUACCUGUCUGAGGGCCUCGAGGGUCGAUCAUCUAAUCCGGUGGCAGUACUUUUUGACACACUUCUUCAUCCAGAUGCUGACUUUGGGUAUGAUUACCCAUCCAUUCUGCACUGGAAAUUGGAGCAACAUCACUAUAUCCCUCACUUAGUUCUUGGUAAGGGCCCGCCUGGUGGGGCAUGGCAUAAUAUGGAAGGCUCCAUGUUGACAAUCAGCUUUGGAAAUUGGAUGGAGCUGCCUGGACUUAAAUUUAAAGAUUGGAUGUCUAGCAAACGAAGGAACUUAAAGGGGGACCGUGUUAUGCCAGAGGAAAUAGCUCGCUACUACAAGCACUAUGUGAAGGUCAUGGGUCUUCAGAAGAAUUUCCGAGAGAAUACUUACAUCACCUCUGUAUCAAGACUCUACAGAAAUCAAGGUGAUAAUGCUAGUCAAGACAGCGAUAUUUCAGCACAGCGUUUACAAAGCCAGAAGUCCAAAUUUAUCAAAAGAAACUGGGAAAUCAGAGGCUAUCAGCGAAUUGCAGGUGGCUCUCACGUUCCCUUUUGCCUCUUCGCUGAGAAUGUAGCUCUCGCAACCGGGACAUUGGAUUCUCCUGCCCGCCUGGGAGUUGAAGGGGAAGAGUUUCCUUUUGUGUUUCACUCAAUGCCUGAAUUUGGAGCUGCUGUAAACCAAGGAAAGCUGUGUGGCAGAGUGGAUCCAGUGCUGAUCGUAGGGUCUGGCCUCACUGCAGCCGAUGCGGUGCUCUGUGCUUAUAACAGUAACAUCCCCGUGAUCCACGUGUUCCGCAGACGAGUGACUGAUCCAAGCUUAAUUUUCAAACAGCUUCCCAAAAAGCUGUACCCCGAGUAUCACAAAGUCUACCAUAUGAUGUGCGCUCAGACAUACUCCUCAGACUCAGGUUCAUCAGACUACACCAGUUUUCCUGAGCACCGUGUGCUUUCCUUCAAGUCAGACAUGAAAUGCAUCCUUCAGAGUGUCUCUGGACUGAAGAAAAUAUUUAAGCUGUCUGCAGCUGUAAUCUUGAUAGGUUCUCACCCUAACCUAUCCUUUCUGAAGGAACAUGGGUGUUACCUAGGCCGCAACUCAAGCCAGCCAAUAACCUGCAAGGCUAACCCUGUGGAGAUUGAUGCAUACACCUAUGAAUGUGUUAAAGAAGCCAACCUUUUUGCUUUGGGCCCUUUGGUUGGAGACAAUUUUGUUCGAUUUUUAAAGGGAGGGGCAUUGGGUGUUACACGCUGUUUGGUUACAAGACAGAAGAAGAAGCAGCAUUUGUUUGUUCAGAGAGGAGGAGGAGAUGGAAUAGCUUAAAGUUUACAAGGAAUUUAAUUGGACCCUUAACUAUUAAAUAUUUUUAACAGUGGUGUAUUGCAGUGUGUUGGCUUGAAUUAACUGGGAGAGCCUCCAGCUGUCACUCUUCUAAAGUUACCAAAGCUUGGUAUCCAGAGUUGUAUUCAAGUGUAUGAGAGGUGUUACUCUCAGACAAAUCCAAACACUGCCAUCUUGGUAUACUUCAUGCUUUCAUUUAACUAGAACAUUCUUUUUAACUUGGCAUUUAUAAAGCCAGUCAUUCAGAUAGAAAUCAUUUUUAAUUGAUACUGGUCACCUUACUGCUCAAGGGAUGGUCCAAGGGCUGUCCACAUCAGCUUCCUCUGUAGCUCAUUAGGAACUUAGGCUUACUAUACUCACACAAGAUCCUGAAGGGUUGAAUGUGUACACACUGACGUUUGAAGCACACUGAUCUAAGUGAAAAUGGGCUACAAAUGUGUAUGCUGUAGUAGGAUAAGAGGAAGCAUUUUCAACUCAGGUUUUAUUUAUUUUGAAAUUAUCAGCUAUAUAAACCUAAUUUAUUACCAAAUAUGAUGGUCUUUAAAAAAUAUUUUUACUGUUCAAACUUCGACAGGUACUUGAUAUCCCUAACGUCUCAUAAUUUAAUUUUUCAAUAAUGCUGACAUCCAAGAACCUACUAAAAUACUUUUUAUAAGAUUUACUCUGUUUAGCUAUCAUAACAUCUAAUGAAUCUGAUUUGCAAUUCAAUAAAUUGUGGAUGGAAC